AUGGAAAUUACUUUGCUCUGGUUGGUGCGCGUUGGGGAAUGUCUGGGGGGGGAUGAUGGAAAGGGAAAUGGGGUUGGAAUAUCAUCCAAGGUUCUUACCUGUGUGUUCAGGCCUCACUGUGCAGACGUAUUCACCGCUGGUUGA